AUGCUUGAUUUACCGCCGCCAACUACCCCAGAUUGGAUUCAUUGGCUGAAGCAUAAGGAGACUUACGGGCCGGUUAGCUCGGUCACAGUGAUGGGACAGACCAUUGUCAUCCUGAACGAUGUAGACUCAGCGAUGGAACUGCUAGGAAAGCGAUCAACGAUAUACUCCUCGAGGGCAAACCUUGUGUUUCCAUGUGAAUUGGUCGGAUGGGACCGUACGCUAGUAAUGCAAAAGUAUUCCCCUCACUUCCGCUCUUCUCGCAAGGCUAUUCACCAAUUUGUUGGAACCGUCCCGGCCGCGGCCCAGUUUCAUUCGUUGCAAGAAAUAGAAGCCCAUCGCUUCCUAUUACGGGUCCUCCAAGAUCAGUCAAGGCUCGCAGAACAUAUUCAAACCGAGUCUGGAGCGAUCCUUCUAAAGAUGGCAUACGGUUAUACCAUUGAGCCGCAUAAGCGAGAUCCGUUGGUGCGUGGUGCGAACCUGGCCCUUGAUCAUUUUGCUGAAUCUACCGCACCUGGUUCGCGACUGGUUAAUAUCAUUCCAUCUCUAAAAUACGUGCCGACCUGGCUGCCUGGAGCAGGUUUCAAGCGAACUGCUAAGGUGUGGAGGAAGAACCUCGAUGCUGUGGCAGAUAUACCCUAUCUAUUUGCCCGCCAGCAUAUAGAGUCGGAUAUUCACCAGACAUCCUACCUCUCAAAACUCUUGAAAGCUGCGGGAUAUCCGCCGUAUGGCUCGGCAGAGGACAGUGUCGCAAAAUGGACUGCUGCAUCGCUCUAUACUGGAGGCGUUGACACUAGCGUCUCUGCUAUGGAAGUAUUCUUCCUUGCAAUGACGUUAUAUCCCGAGGUUCAGCACAAAGCUCAAGAUGAGCUUGAUCGGGUCUUAGGACCUUGCCAGCUUCCAACAUUUGCAGAUCGCCCACGAUUGCCGUAUAUCAACGCCAUCGUCAAGGAGGUUCUACGUUGGCAUCCAGUUGGACCUAUGGGCUUCCCACAUGCGUCAACCGAGGAUGAUACCUGGGGCCAAUAUUUCAUUCCAAAAGGUUCAUUGGUUAUGCCAAAUGCCUGGGCUAUGACGCAUGAUCCCGCGGUGUAUCAUGAUCCAAUGACAUUCAAACCGGAGCGCUUCUUGGGUAUCGACGGCCGGGAGCCUGAGUUAGAUCCUCAUACGAUUGUCUUUGGGUUUGGUCGUCGAAUCUGUCCAGCACGGUUGUUAGCAGAUAACACAGUUUAUGUGACUGCGGCACGGGCUCUCGCAGUCUUCAAUGUCAGAAAGGCUAUAGAGGAUGGGCGGGAAGUUGAUGUUGAGGCAAGAUUUGAAGCCAAGACUAUCAGCCACCCGAUGCCUUGGAAGCUCUAUAUCGAAACACGCAGCAAGACACACGAAGCUCUGAUUCGUUCCGUGGAGCAGAAAACACCAUUCGAGCCUAGCAACGCUUCAGACCUACCAAACUUUGAGCUAUAA